AAAUCCGACGGCAGACAAGCAACUUAUUUUCCAAGGAAAGAAAUUUCUUUGCUGAAUCACAUUGAACUUUCAUGACUCUUUUACACUUCCAAACGGAAUCCUAAAUUGCAGGAAAGAUUUACCAUUACCCAAUUCAAUUACAAAAUCCAAAUGGAUUUCGAUUUCCAGAAGAAUCGGGUUCAAAUUCUCAUCUUCAUCAUCGGAAUAGUUGGUCUCAGUAUCACUGCUGAUAAAUGUAGGCAACUGGUUGGUGAAGAUUCUUCAUCCCAGAGUGGAAAGUUUACCAUCUUUAACUGCUUUGACAUGAGCACUGGGACCCUGGCAUGUACAGUGAAAGAAGGUGUGAAGCUGUAUUUUUACAACAUCAGGUCUGCUCAUGUUGAGAAGGCUAGGAAUCUUGCAAUAGAGCGUGCAUUACUUGAUGCAUUGGGACAGGGAAUAUCUGCAAAAGAUGCAGCAAAACAAGCACAGAAAGAAGGGGCAAAGGCUGCAAAGCUGGCAACCCGACAAGCAAAACGCAUUAUAGGUCCCAUUAUUUCUUCUGGCUGGGACUUUUUUGAAGCUCUUUAUUAUGGCGGUACCAUAACAGAAGGAUUCCUAAGGGGCAGUGGAACAUUGUUUGGUGCCUAUGCUGGAGGGUUUCUUGGUGAGGCUAGGCUUGGGCGCUUUGGCUAUCUGGUCGGAAGUCAUCUGGGCAGUUGGGUCGGAGGUAGGAUAGGACUCAUGGUAUAUGAUGUGGUUAAUGGAGUGAAUUUCUUGCUUCAAAUUUUCCAAGGAGUUGGUGAGCUUCAUGAGAAGCUUGAAAAUUUUGUUUCUGAGGACUCCAAUGUCUACGAAACUCCUGCAUACACAAGCACUGAGGUUUCUGAAGAGUCCAGUGCCUACGAAACUCCUGCAUACGCAAGUUCUGCAGUUUCUGGAAACUCCAAUUCCUAUGAAUCUCCUCCUUACGAAAGCUCUGAAUCAUACGAAAAUUCUGAAUUUAGAUGAAUAAAUUUGAUUCUCUAGUGGUUUCAUCCCUGUUGUUGUUCAGAUUUUAUCUUAAGUAGAUACGGUUUAUGCUAUAUUUUUGCUACUCAAUAGAGAAUUGUGCGCAAAAACAUGGCAGUGUUGUUGUAAAUUAGUGAUAAAUGCAGUCAGUUUCUUUA